AUGGUGCUAGUACAUGUCGGAUAUCUUGUUCUUCCAGUUUUUGGAUCUGUGAACAACAGAGGUGCCCCUUUCCCAAGGUCACAGCAGUCACACGUCACAUCCUGCAGACAACUUCACCUCUCUCCACAAUCCGAGUUCCCCCUGUCUCACUCUGUCCAGUCUCAGCCAGGUCUGAGCAGUCAACUGACUCCAUCACACCAGCACACCACAACUGCAGUGCCGGUACACCAGCCUUUGACUCCUUUACCAAGCGCACAGUUCCAGGACGUUCCGACCUUCUUACCUCAGUCGUUACACCAGCAAUAUCUCUUACACCAGCAGCUGCUUGAGGCCCAGCGGCGAAGGCUGUUGCCUUUCCCCAGACGGACACAGGAAAGGGCUCCUCCUUACCCCCACCGUCUCCGAGCAGGUUUUGAUUUCAGUAACCACCUCCAUCCUGGUUCAGCAGUGGGAACACAGCCCAGGUACCUGACUGAAGGCACUGACUGGGAUAUCAGUGUAGAGGCUGGUUUGCCCCAUACUCAGUACCAGGCCCUCCAUGUACAUCGUUUACAUCAUUACCUAGCAACAACCAGGAUACAUCAUUUCUCUCGAAGUAUGUCUUCGGCAUCUGUGAUUAUUCCUGACUUGAGGAAUUACCCUUAUCCGCAUCUUCAUCUACUGGCUCUCCAAGGGUUAAAUGGGGGUCGGCAGAGCCCUGCCGUUAGGGAAAGUUAUGAGGAACUGUUACAACUAGAGGACAGACUUGGCACUGUGAACCGUGGAGCCGUGCAGAAUGUGAUCGAGAGGUGCACCUUCCCACACAAAUACAAGAAGAGAAUGCAACAGAACCUCAAGGAGCCAAAAGAGGAUGAAGAGGAAACAGACUUUGACGAGAAGUGUACAAUUUGUUUAUGUAUGCUGGAGGAGGGAGAAGAUGUCAGGAGGCUCCCUUGUAUGCACCUUUUUCACCGAGUCUGUGUUGACCAAUGGCUGGCCACCAGUAAAAAGUGCCCGAUCUGCCGAGUAGACAUUGAAGCACAGCUCUUACCAGACAGCUGA